UAGCUCCAGUUUAUCCAUUGACUUGAGAACGACACCACCGUUGCGUGCAGUAGUAAUCUACCGGUGAAUAUAGCUGUAUUAUGAAAGCAGGGAAUAUGAAGCCUCAAGACAAGAAAUGCGUCCACUGUGCCGUCUUUGGAGACGGCAUGGUCGGGAAGACCAGCAUCUCGGAGAGCUAUGCUCAGAAAUCCUUUAGUGAAAGUUACGAGGCUACAGUCUUCGAGAAUUAUGCUGUGCCUUUGAACGUUGCUGGGGAGGAGUUUAUCGUCAGCAUGUUUGACACAGCUGGACAGAAAGACUACGAGAGCCUGCGCUCGUUCACAUACAAAGAAAGUGAAGUCCUGCUUCUGUGUUUCUCCACCUGUGACCGGGAGACGUUGGCCAGCAUCAAUGACCUGUGGAUGCCAGAACUUAAGCGACACACCAAACAAUCCAAACAGAAGAGACCGGUCAUCCUCGUAGGCACCCAGAUUGACCUCCGGGUCGGGAAUGAAGACAGCGAGGUCAGCACGGACGAGGGUGUCCAACUGGCCAAGGACAUUGGUGCUGACUGCUAUGUCGAAUGUUCGGCAAGAAGUCGUGAAGGACUGAAAGAAGUGUUCGAGCAUGUUGUGUUUUCUGCUCUGAAGUACAGGAAGAAGAAAUGUAAUAUUCUGAAGCAAAUCUUCAGCCGUUGAAAAAGUUUAAGUCAAAACUGGAGACCUAUCACACAACGACCUUGAUUCGUUGACAACGGCAAAAUCUCGCCUGCUGAUCAUCGGCAGCGUUUUGACUGCUCGUCUCGUGCGAUGUGUCGUCUGCUCCCAGCUGCGACACAACUUGAGAGUGACCUCCCCUUGAAUUUAGGGAAAAACGAAGAAGAUUUGAUGGACUUAGCUUGGAACCGCCAUCCGAAGUGUUGCAUUUAUUGCAAGUCACUAUUCGUGACGACUGACUCUGUGAUAAAAGUGUGAUCUGAGGUGGCACGUACUCUCUGUAGCCAAUACAGACGAAUGAACUGUGAUAAUGGAGUCCACGAUUGGACAGAUGUAUGUGGUUGAUGUAAACGAUUAUGUGUACAAUUUGGUACUUCCAAAGUCUAGUUUAUUGAGAGAUUAUUUUCGAUCUAAGUCCCAUGUCUUUCAAUCUUUUUGUAGCAGAUUUAGGUAAAAUUAUAUAUUCAUGAUAAAUAUAUUAUUAAGAUUAUUGUGAACCAAAACUAUGUCGACGAAUUCCACAGUCACCAUAGACUAUAGGGCUGGUCCCUAUUGUUGCCUGUGUUUCAUUAUAAGGUUCCAUGUUUAUACAGAUAUGACGACAAAUGAGCAUUUGAUGACACCUUAUUUAUUGCAAAAGUGAAAUGUAUUAACUAUUGUUAUGUCUUCACAUGCUGCUGGUCGGUAAAGAAAUCGUUUUUAAAUAAAACCCCAUGAAUCA